GGCCGCUGGGGGCUCCCGCCGCUGCGGCGGCGCGGCCCCGCCAUUGUCGGGGGGCAUGGAAGGCGAGAGCACGUCGGCCCUCUUGUCGGGCUUCGUCUUCGGCGCCCUCGCCUUCCAGCACCUCAGCACCGACUCGGACACGGAAGGUUUUCUCCUCGGAGAUGUGAAAGGUGAAGCCAAGAACAGCAUUACUGACUCACAAAUGGAUGAUGUGGAAGUUGUUUAUACAAUCGAUAUACAGAAGCACAUUCCAUGCUACCAGUUGUUCAGCUUUUAUAAUUCUGCGGGAGAACUGAAUGAGCUUGCCUUGAAGAAAAUACUAUCGGGCUACAAGAAGAGUGUAAUAGGAUGGUACAAAUUCAGACGCAACACAGACCAGACCAUGACAUUCCGGGAAAGACUUCUUCAUAAGAAUUUACAGUCACAUCUGUCAAAUCAGGGCCUUGUGUUCCUUUUAUUAACUUCUAGCGUGAUGACAGAAAGCUGUUCUACCUACAGACUGGAACAUGCCUUACAUCGGCCGCAAGAAGGUCUUUUCCAGAAAGUUCCUUUGGUGGUUACCAACUUGGGUAUGGCAGAACAGCAAGGUUACAGAACAGUGUCCGGUUCCUGUGUAUCUUCUGGUUUUGUGAGAGCAGUAAGACAACACAGGUCAGAAUUCUUUUAUGAGGAUGGAUCCUUACAAGAGGUUCAUAAGAUAAAGGAAAUGUAUGCCACCUUGCAGCAGGAACUGAAGAAAAUAUGCUCUACAGUAGAAGCCAGUGAACGAUCUGUAGAGAAACUCUUAACAGAGGUGAGCCAAUUAAAAGAAGAAAUAAGGAAGAAAAAGCAACAGAGUUGUUCAGGUAAAUUAAAUAAAUGCAAUGCCAGAGAGCCAAAGGAGAACGUCCUCCUUUGUCAGGCAUUGCAGACAUUUUUCCCCAAUUCUGGACUUCAGACAUGUAUUGUAUCCUUCAAGGGCCAACAAAUAUCCAAGAACUCCUGUAAUAUUGACCAUAAUAUUAAUGUUAUGGACAAACUGACUCUCAUGGUAGAGGAAAGAGACUUCACUGAAGCUGAAGCAAGACACCUAACCAAGCGUAAAGUCAGAGGGACCACAACAGGAUCAAAGUCAUUCAAGAAAUCCAGAUCACUGCAACUUCACCAAAAAUUACUUCGAGACCAAGAGGACAGUGACCAGGAAAGGAAGCUUACACAGAGUAGCACUGAAACAGAAGAGGACAUGUUGGAAAAAGUCAGAGACACAAAUGAAUACCCACACUCUCCUACUUUCUGAUCUGUUGGUUUGUCCAGAUGACUUUGCACCAAGAGUUACUGCCAGCAUAUUCAAGUGGCAUAUCAAUUCACAGCACUGCAGGGAUAAAAAAACCCAGUGUAUUUUGCAGGUUGUUUUUUUUUUUUUUUUUCUAUCCAAUGCAUGAAUCCUAUUUGGCAUAGAGACAAGUCGACGACAUUCCCUCCGAUAACAUUUGCCUUCCAGAGUUAAAUCUGUAUUUGCUCUCUCAGGGUUUAAAGACUAUGCUAGCAGGAUGUUAGCAGUCAUAUAACCAUGUCACAUGCUGCCUCAGAGUAAUACAACUUCAAGCUGCUGUUGAAGCAGUACUACCCAGUCCUCAGCAGAAGCUGAGGCAGGGAGCCUCAAAUGAAUACAGGUAACAUACUUAACAGAACGAGCUGUCUACAUAAAUUGCCACAAUUUCAAUACUUCCAUUUAUCCUUGGCUAUCCACUGCUUGUUUAUUUUGUCCUCCUUCCAAUCCAGCAAGGGAAAAACACCCACCUGAACUUCAGCAAGACCUGUGAGCUGAGGAAGUGGUCCAAUUUCUACUAUUGCUUUCAUCUUUCAGACUUCCUUCAAUUUUUAGAGACUUGACACUUCAUAAGAAAAGCAGCUGACGUCCAGCCUUCAGUCAGGGACGCAUUAUGCUAGCCAACCACACUUCUAGUAAACAAGUAUAUAAACAUGAAA